AUGGCAGCAAUACGUCCACCAAGCGGUCCACAGUUUCCAGACAGAAUGUCUAACCCAAUAUUUCCGCCAAAUACUCAUCCAGUACAAAAUGGAUUACCUGCUCCUGUUUUUCCACCAAGUUCGAAUACAUCAUCUGCUCGAUUUCCUCCACAUGCAUAUCAGCCAAAUUCAUCGAAUUUCUCUCCAAUGACACAAUAUCAACCAACAUCAAUGAAUCAGCAUACAUCAAGUCAGACUCCGCCUCUGCCAACAUCGAAUUUCUAUCAGACACCAGCAAAUCCAGCUCCUCCAUUACUUACAUCGUCAUCAUCGAAUGCAUACCCUACAGCCACAGCAACCACAUACAAUCCGUCUCCGCAACCAACCGUUCGACCAAUGUACCCUUCACCUGCAUCUGCCUAUCGUCCUCAAAUACAACCGCUACAACCUAUGCCGCAGAUACCAAAUCCCAAUAUCCAACCACCUUCAAGUCAUCCUUUUCCACAGUACGGUGCCGUUCCAAACCCAAUGGCUAUUCCUCAAUCCCAUAUUCCAUCACCAACCAUGUAUCCUGGUCAACAGUCACAACCGGUGACUUAUGGAAUGGGUGGUAAUAUGAAUAAUAUGAUGGGUCAGCCAACGAAUACUAUUAAUGGUUCUUACUCAAACAAUAACAACUAUAUAAUUGAUUUGCUCAAAGAGAAAACUGUCAUUAGUCCAUUCGCUGAUGAUACGCUCAUAUCACCAUUAUUAAAUGAAGACACUAAGCAAAUGAACUGUAAUCCAGAAGUCAUGCGAUGUAGUCUUAACGUGAUUCCACAAACUAAAGAUUUGCUCAAUAAAAGUCGGCUUCCACUUGGUAUCCUAAUUCAUCCAUUCAAAGAUCUUGAUAGUCUAAGUGUUAUUCAAGGCUCGAAAAUAAUCCGAUGUGAUGGAUGUAAAAGUUAUAUCAAUCCAUUCGUAACAUUUCUUGAUAAUACACGAUGGCGUUGUAGUAUCUGCUUUCGUAUGAAUGAUUUACCACAAGAAUUUCUGUUCGAUCCUGUUUCGAAAACAUAUGGUGAUCCAAGUCGACGACCAGAAGUUCGUUUUGGUACGGUUGAAUACACGGCUACAUCUGAUUACAUGGCUAGACCACCUCAACCAGCAAUGUAUCUAUUUCUGCUUGAUGUGUCUCACAAUGCUGUGCAAACAGGUCAAUUUACUGUCAAUUUCCGAUUUUCAUAUCUAUUAAAGAAAUGUUUAGGUUAUCUUCAAUCGUUUUGUGAGAUACUAUUUGAGAACUUGAGUAGCCUACCAGGUGAUGCGCGUACAAAAAUUGGCUUUUUAACAUACGAUAGUCGAAUUCAUUUCUAUGAUCUAUCUGAUCGACACAAUGGCACAUUUCGCAUAAUGAUUGUGCCAGAUUUAGAAAAUAUUGAGAGCAAAUUAGACGAAGUUCUUCCUGUACCUGAUGGUAUCAUGGUCAAUUUAAGUGAAUGUCGAACAAUAAUCGAAUCGUUUCUUGAUCAAUUACCAAAAGUUUAUCAAAAUAAUCAUGAAACAGAUUCCGCAUUGGGCACAUCCCUUUUAAUCGCUGAAAAACUACUUCACCAGACAGGUGGUCGAAUAACAGUUUUUCAAACACGCCUCCCAAAUAUAAAUCCAGGCGCUCUCAAUGAACAAACAGGAAAAGAACCAACAGUACUCACGCCAACAUCCGAUUUUUACAAGAAACUUUCAUUAGAUUAUGCUUCACAACAAAUUGCCUGUGAUCUAUUUCUGCUCAAUAGUCAUUAUAUUGACUUGACAACGUUAAGUAUGUGGAAUACUUUGAUUGAUAUGAUAGAGCAAGUAAAAUUACUUUUUCUAGGUUGUAUAUCGAAAUAUUCCGGUGGUGAAGUCAAGUAUUAUCCAAACUUUCACGCAACACAUUCACCCGAUCAAGUUGAACGCUUUGAAAAUGAUUUAAGGCGUUAUUUACAACGGAAGAUCGGUUUCGAGGCUGUAAUGCGUUUACGAUCGCCUCCAGCUCUUUCAAUUCAAACCUUCUAUGGUAAUGGUUUUGUUCGAUCGGUGGAUCUACUUGUUUUACCAAAUAUAAACCCCGAUGCUGCAUUUGGUAUGCAAGUUGCCAUCGAAGAUUCUCUAGCCCAAUAUAAAUCAGUUACAUUUCAAGUUGCGCUUCUUUAUACGUCUAGCAAAGGUGAGAGACGUAUCCGAGUGCAUACACUAUCGCUACCAGUUAGUGCUGCGUUAAAAGAUAUCUGUUCAAAUGCUGAUCAAGAAGCGAUGGUUGCGUUGAUUGCAAAAAUGGCGGCUGAUCGAUCAACAACAUCGUCCAUUCAAGAAGCACGCGAAGGAAUGACUAAUGUUGCUUGUGAUGUCAUCAAAGCAACCAUGUCUGUUGACUCGUCGAAUCGAACUGGCUCACUAUAUGUACCACAUGCGAUACGGCUUCUACCGUUAUACAUGCUCAGUAUGAUAAAAUCAACCGCAUUUCGAACCGGUAGUUCAAUCAAAGCAGAUGAACGAGCAUACUAUAUAGAUUUAUGUAAAACGUUACCAACGAAAUAUUUAAUGCAAAUAUUCUAUCCAGACCUCUAUCCGAUUCAUACCAUUGAGGACCAGAGUCGAAUCGUUCAAGAUGGUGAAGAUGAAUUGUAUAUACCAGCACGUGCUCAUCUAUCCUUUCAGUAUAUUGAUGCUCAUGGUGCUUAUAUAUUGGAUACAAAUGAAUACAUAUACAUUUAUAUUGGCAGAGCAAUUAGUGAUCAUUUCGUUCAGAGUGUUUUCAACAUGCCCACCUUCUCAUCAUUACCUUUUGAUGCGUACUCAUUGCCAGAAAUCGACAAUCCAUUGUCAAUUAAGAUUCAUAACUUCCUCACUUAUCUAAUACAAAAUCGGCCCAAUGGUGUUCCCGUACACGUUAUGAGGGAAGAUUCACCAAAUCGCCAUCUCUUCACACGUCACAUGGUAGAUGACAGAUCAGAAUCAAGCAUGUCUUAUGUAGAAUUCUUACGUUACAUUCAAGAACAGAUUAGAAAAUGA